GUUUUGGAGGCUGCGUCGACACAUGUUCCUGUUACUUUGACAUUUUAGGGUAAAUCAGGCUAAAUAACAAACACUUUUUAAUGUUUAGUGGCUGCGUUUCUGUCAAACAUUCAUAUAUUUCAGGAUUUAGUUCACAUAGUGUACAUUUAUUUUAUAUACUGGACGCAAUUAAACAUUUUCACGUUAAUAACCACAUCAGACAUAAAAUAAUUGCUCAAAGCAGACCAUAAUUAUGUCCCAAAUGUCGUCUAAACCCAGAAGAAAAACUUAAAUCAGGAAGCGAUUGGUCAAAUUAAACCAGCGGCGUCACGACGGUUAAAACCAGAACCGUCCAGAUUCUAUCGGGGUCACUAUCGACAAAAAAGGAACCGAAAAAAGAAGUUGUAGGAUCAGAAGCGGAGUCAAAGUGAAAAAAGAAAAACCCUGCAGAGUGUUCCUGGUCUGGUGAGCCCGAGCUGUUAGGCAAUCAACAGUUGGCAGGACGCACUGGAUUCCUCCCCCCUCUGACACAAACAGGGAGGGAGGGAGGGAGGGAGGGAGGCUGAGUGAGAAGGAUCCCCUGGAGGGUGCCAAAGCCGGUUUCAGUGACGUCACCCGGGCUGCUCUGUUUGGCCGGGCCCUCCUCGCCCUCCUCCUCCUCCCCCUCCUCCCUCCUCCUCCCCCCUCCUCCUCCUCCUCCCCCCCUCUCUUCCUGGGCCUUACAGGAAUUCCCCUCCUCGUCACAUUAUUCUGAGGAAACCGCAGGCAACGCCCCGCACCGCUGCACAGCCACAGCUGAUAGGGCGGAAACGCUAGACUUGUGACUGCUUGUGUUGACACAGAGUGUGUGUGUGCACUUGUUGUCUUUUUGUUUUGUUUGCUCCGACAAAAGGAGUCACUGAACGAUGUUUGAGCGUAUGAAACAUCACCACUCUUGACCCGGAGGACAUUUUGUCCUGUGAAAGGCUUAAAACGGAUAGGCACAUUUAACCAAAAAAAAAAGAAAAAAAAAAGGGGGUUGAUAAGAAAGGAAAAAGAGAAACUCGGCUUUGUUUCCUGUUUUUGCUCCGAACGUAUCCGAGGUUGGAGAUUUGUGAAGAUUUGACUUUUCGGGCUUUUAAACAAAAACACAAACUCCUGCUCUCGUCAAAGCUGAAUGAGACGCCUCCGUCACAGACAGGAAGCAGUCACUCAUUCAUGGCGCCACGGUAACCAACAACAAGUGGGCAGUGGGACAGUCGAGCCGGAGGGAUCCGCACCGACUUCGAAACUCUUUUUUUUUUUUUUUUUUUUUUUUUUUUGUGCGACGUUGUCGUACAUCAAGUACAUCAACAAGCAGCAGCAGCGCCGCUUUCAGUUUUGGUUUGACAGACCCUGCGGGACUCCGGGCUGCUCUGUGCACUGAUGAAUAAAAUUGAGGAGGCACAGAAGGAGCUUAAAGAUCCCAAAGGCCCAGAGAAAGGGCUUUCUGAAAGCAGUCGAAGAAAUGCAGAUAACAUAAAAGGCCUCAAGAGGAAAAAGGUUGUUGCAGAGAAUCAACUUAAGAAAAUCCCCAAAUCUCCAGUGAAGAAGCCCCUGCAAGUGAAAACAUCUGAAACUAUUCUCCACGGGUCAUCGUCCCAGGAAACUACACCUUCCUGCUCCUCCUCUUCCAACAGUCCUUCCCACAACCCUGCCACAUCACCCAGUGGAAAAAGAGACGCACAGUAUGCCCAACCAGUUGCAGCGUCCCCUGAGAGGGGGUCAUUUUCCACGGAUGCUGAAAGGUUAAAGCAGGAGAAAACGUCACUUGAGGCCACAGAUGGUGAGGAGUGCUCUUUGAUUACUGCUGAAGUGACCCAGCCCAAAGGGAGCGAGAGCCAGGACCCCAGCUUUGAGGGAGAACCCUACCACAGCAGUGCUCCGCUUGAUGUCCUACUUAAGGCCAUGGAGCCUGACUUUAGUACUCUGGCUGAGAGGAAACACUCCUUGCAGGCCACAGCCAUUGCUAAACCAGCUGCAGCUCUUCAUGCUCAAAGCAGUGGUGAAGUAACAACAAUGCCAGCUGUCAACAUUGGUCUCCAGACGCAACCUUCCCACAUGCAGACCUACUACAUUGACAAACAAGGCAACUUUAUUGGCAUUGCAGCACCACUACAGGGAAAUGUGCAGACGUCCACACAGGGUAACUCUCCGCUUGCUGCAACACAGUUUAUGCCCAUUGCGUCAAACCCAGAAAAGCCUAGCCUGCACAUGAACUUUAGUACUGGACCAUCCACUAUAACCCAUGCCCCUGUUCCUUCCGGCUCCAAUGCUUUGCCGCAAAGCCAACCACCAGUUGUGCACACAUGCCAGUCCCUCUCUGCAAGUGUUCCCAGCACCAUUCAGGUCCCAGUUACACCGGGUAACAACCAGGUCCAGAUGACCACUGUAGUGAACUUUAAUGCUGAACAGGUUUCUAAAGACCAAAAACCUAAGAAGCCAGGAAAGUAUGUUUGUGAGUACUGUAAACGGGCGUGUGCAAAACCCAGUGUGCUGCUCAAACACAUCAGGUCUCACACAGGAGAGAGGCCAUAUCCCUGUGUUACAUGUGGCUUCUCGUUUAAAACCAAGAGCAACCUGUACAAGCACAAGAAAUCACAUGCUCAUGCUAUAAAACUGGGUCUCAUUGCACGCUCUGAAUCUGGAGGUGGGUCGCUAUCUCAAGAAUCUGAUAAAGCCGCCGGAACGCAUUCAGAGGCAGAGGACAGCGGGGACAGCGAUGAGGAAGGUAGCACUGCAGACUUGGACCCUGACUCGUCGCAGAGCAGCGUGGCAGCUUUGUCUGAAACUAGUUUACAGGGUGUGUACACAACACAAGCAAGCCAUGGAGAAGCAGACUCAUCGGGUGUGUUUGAGUCAAUCAAAUCAUCCCCGGGUCAGAGGGCACACGAGCCUAAAGUGACGGCAGCUCUUCCAAAAGUUGUCGUGUACCCAGUAAAUGUCUCGCCUCUGAGGGCGGACAGUCCGAGAGUUACAGGCGCAGCACCUGAGCAAGCUGCAGCACAACGGCAACGAGACUUCCAAACUGCAAAUCUGAGGUCGAGCAUCACAGUCCUGUCGUCUCUGAAAGAGGUGGAUGGUACAAAUCCCUCACUAGACACCGUGAGUGAAGAUGAAGACCAACAGUGCAAGUCUCCGCUGUUAAGUGGACACGCACAGCUUCAGCGGCAACAAGCAACAGACUUUUCUCAGCAGCAACAGCCCAAGUGUCUCCUUAGUCCCCGCAGCUUGGGAAGUACAGACUCUGGCUACUUCUCACGCUCUGAAAGUGCUGAUCAGGCCAUGAGUCCACCCAGUCCGUUUGUAAAAAUAACUCCACCAGUGGACAUUGAUAUUGCCAAGAAUCUUCCCAACGUUCCUGCUGUAGUCGCUACAGUGAUGCAUGUAGCAACUGAGCAAAGGCCACGCGCCACAGAAGGACAGAUGCGGCCACCAUUAGAAGCCAGUGCACGCUCUUUGGAAGAACACAUUUCAAAGUUGAUAUCUGACAAUGAGGCAGUAGUUGACAACAAGCAGCUGGACAGUGUGAAGCCAAGAAGGACCUCCCUCUCAAGGAGAGGUAGCAUAGACUCUCCUAAAUCGUACAUAUUCAAAGACUCUUUUCAGUUUGAUCUCAAACCAAUUGGGAGAAGGUCAAGUUCCAGCUCAGACAUCCCAAAGUCCCCGUUCACUCCCACAGAUAAAUCAAAGCCAGUAUUUCUUCUCUCUGUACCUUCUCAGUACCCGCCAAUGGACUGUUUGCCAAUAACAAGGAGCAACUCUAUGCCUACGACACCCGGACACUCUGUUGUUCCCCUUAAUGUGCCUCCCACACCCCAUCCUUUGCGCAUUUACCAUUCAUUUGAUGACAAAAUUAGUUCACUGAAUGAUGAUGUAUUUUCAUCGGCCCCAUCCACCCCAAAUCCUGCAAUACAUCCUCGCACCUUAGUCAGACAAGUGGCCGUGGAAGACUUCUCCACGACUGAGGGGCACUGCCUCCCAACUGUUCGUUCCAUGGAUGAGGGCUAUCACGGUCCAAGCAAUUCUGCAGAACUGAUGCAGAGAAGCAGAUCAUUUGAACACAAUCAGGACAGAAACAGAAAGCCUCAGCAGAAUAAAGGCACAAUGUAUGAGUGUGAAACCUGUCGUAACCGGUACAGAAAGUUAGAGAAUUUUCAAAAGCAUAAGAAAUACUACUGCUCUGAGCUCCAUGGUCCAAAAAAUAAGCCUACGCCUGUCAAAGAAACGGAACAGGAUGUACUUCAUGUUAGCGUACAGCAGCCCAUGGUUGCUAGAUCGACCGGUGGUCCAGGAAUAUUGGAUCAACAAACGUCAAUUAGGAAGAGAAGAAAAAUGAAAAGUGUUGGUGACGAGGAUGAUCAGUCUCCAACGGAUACCAUUCCACCUUGCUCAGUCAGUUUUGAGCUACCAUCAGCUAUGACAAACAGGACUUUUUCUCAGCCUCCUCUAAUCGUAGACAUACAGCCCAAAAACAACCAGUCAAAGCUACCUCAGAUUCAACUUGUAGCAAGAGGCGUCAAUGCGGCUGAUUCCCGACUGUCACCAAUACGGGAGACCCAGAUGAGCACCUCUACUAAAGGAGAAAUGCAAAGACAAGGCAGCGGUACAUCAGUCAUUAGACACACCAACUCGCUGAGCAGACCCAAUUCCUUUGAGACAGAGUCUAUCGACAGGGUCUCUCCUGUUGACAGUAUGGAGAAGGAUUCCCUUAAUAAAUCCAAAACAGACGUAACAGCAGGUGUCUCAGCUGACAGUUACCAUGAAAAAAUAUCCCACCCCAAGAGUGUUGACUAUGGAAAACAAAGGAAGGAGCAGAGCACUGAUGGCACAGUGGCAGCAGCUGUUGAAAGCUCCACUCCCGUCCAUCAAUCUCGCCUUGUUCGCCAAAACAACAUCCAAGUCCCAGAGAUUUUGGUCACAGAGGAGCCUGACAGAGAACAUGAAACACAGACUACUGAGCCAGGAGAUAAGCCUGCAGAUCAGUUCAGCUGGCCUCAGAGAAGUGAGAGUUUGUCAAAGUUACCUGCAGAGAAACUUCCCCCUAAGAAGAAAAGGAUUCGCCUGGCCCAAAUGGACCACUCAUCAGGUGAAUCCAGUUUUGAGUCCAGCCUCACACAAAGCCUCAGCAGGGACAGUAGUCUUUCUCGUUGCUCCAGCAUCUCGGCCUCUUUUGACAGAGAUGAGCCAUCUAGGUCAGAGAGUCCUUCCAGAGGGGAGUGCGUUGGCAAGAUUCCUGAACCUCACUGUUUACCAGCCGCCUUCAACACCCUUGGCGUGCCAGGAAUUAUGAGGCGUGCCGCAUCUGAACAGAUCACUUGUACUCAACCCUCUGUGGAGAUUUCAUGUGACUACCGUAGCAAGUCCUUUGACUGCGGAAACGUAUCUCCCAGUAGGUCUCUGUCUCCUGUUGGUCAGCCAAAAAGUGCCCAAAUCUCCCAGGUGCCACUUAUUGAAAGGAGGCGGGGGCCAUUAGUUCGGCAGAUGUCCUUAAAGAUAGGCCCAGAGAGUCAGCAACCUGUUCGAAAAGCUGUCCAACCUCUAGAUAAACCUCUAAUUGCAAAUGUAAGCUCUUUUACACACAAUAGAUCCCAUCAGAUUCACAUUGCCAAUAGGCGCGCUAUAGCUCAGCCUUUCAUUCUGCAAACUGGUGAAGCACCAUUACAAAAGAAUGAGCAAAUGGUGCAAAGCAUUAAUUUGGGUAGCCCAACCCAGCAAGCUCAAGUCCAUGGCCUUCCACACCCUUGGCAUCAAACAUCAAGAGUUCAAAUUUGCCAAAAGUUACAAAAGCCACUCAACCAGAUCUCAGUUUGUCGCGAGAAUAUUAAAAACAAACCAGUUGACUCUGAAGAAAAGAAAAGUUUUGUGCCCAAAUACCAACUACAGUGUCCCGCUCUGAGAACCAGCCAAACAUUUUCUUUCUCCAGCACACAGGGAACUCAGAUAGCCUUGCCAGUUUUGACAAUACCUAUUGCCAAUCCAAUGUUGAACAUUUCCAAAUCAUCAGAUGCAAUCCAAAAUGUUUAUGUUGCUCAACAUAAUCAGCAGUCCUCUGACAUUAAGACACAGACUGUUGUUUUGUCAGGUGAACAGCAAAGAGACCUGUUUGAUCAAACCCACACAGGUGCUUUACCACUGCCACAGAUCCUGAUAACACACGAGCAAAUGCACUUACCUCCCUCUAUGUCCAGUAAAAAUCUCUUGCCAUCCAGUCACAGUGUAGAGGGUGAUACUCAUGCUGUACCAACUGCAAAGACAGACAGAACUCAAACAGUGAGCACUCAUAAUCAUACAGGAGAACCGACACCUUCUCUUGGAUCUUUGCAUUGCACACAGAAGCUGGCAUCAGUAACUCUAUGCCCACAGCAGGAACCAACAGCUUCGAGUAAACGAAUGCUGUCACCCGCCAACAGCCUGGACAUAUACAUGGAGAAGCACCAAAAGCGGGCUAAGGAUGAGCACGGUGUGGCUUGUCUAACCGAUGGCAGGUCGGUCAAUUAUCUUAAUUCCAAGAUGUCAGAGGUGACCCGACAACGGAAGCUGACACUCGUUAGGCAGGUUUGCACAACAGAACCAGUGGAUAGUCCCAUUGAAACUGAGGCUCCACCUCUGCCCCAGGUUAAAUCAGAUGGGGAGAAGGACUCUGAGGCUACUGAUGAUGUUAAACCGAUGUCACCUGACAGCACUGGGCUGGAAAAAGACACAAGAACAGUUAUUCACGAGGAGACAGGUCCUGCCCUGAAUACAACACCUGGAAGCCAGGGCACCUCCAUGCCAAGCAACAAUACUCUAAAGGCCCAAGAGAAAGCUGAGGAAUCGAGAUGGACUCCUUCCAAAUCUCCAAUCAGGCCCUCAAGCUUCCACGGCGGUCAGGUGAAACUGACCACAUCUGUGUCUGUGGUUAACACAAAAGACAGCCACCGCCUGUCUUUCCCCAGCCUGAAGACUGCCACCACUUUCACAUGGUGUUUCCUGAUGAAGAGGAAACCCCUUCAUGUUCCACAGACUGACUUCAAGACUUCGGCGUACGCUUCCUGGACAGUCAACCCCAACAACCCCAACCCGCUGGGCUUGCCCACCAAGGUGGUCAUGUCUCUGUUUGACUCCAAGCAGAGCACCAAGAAAAUACACUACACCUCAGCCAUAAAAACCUGCGGGAAAUCCGAUAUCUUGUCUUAUUCAGGCAAACUGAAAGAGGUCAUGUCCAAGGUGCCAAUAACCCAGAAGUCUGUAUCAGUUGAAACCAGAAGUAAAGUGCAACCAGAAACUCAGGCCAGCAACGAUUCGGACAAGGACUUGGCCUCUGCAACGGAACCGAGACGGGUCAAAAUAUUUGACGGCGGAUACAAAUCUAAUGAGGAGUAUGUUUACGUACGUGGGCGUGGACGGGGUAAAUACAUCUGUGAGGAAUGUGGGAUUCGUUGCAAGAAGCCCAGCAUGUUGCGCAAACACAUCCGCACCCACUCUGAUGUCCGGCCAUACCACUGUGUCCACUGCAACUUCUCCUUCAAGACCAAGGGGAAUCUGACCAAGCACAUGAAAUCCAAGGCGCACAGUAAGAAGUGCAUGGAGAUGGGGGUGCCCGAGGGUCUCAUUGAGGAUCAGGAUGCAGAGGACUCUGGAGAUCGCAGUCAGGUGAGCAGCGCCGACCGCCAAGAUUCAGACGGAGACGACUCCGACGGCCCCGACGACGAGGAGAAUGACGACAACGAGGAGGAAGAGGAGGACAGCCAGGCCGAGUCUGGGCUGUCCACCAACCCCUCCGUCUCUGCCAGCCCGCAGCACAUCCCUUCCAAAGAGGCCGACAUCCCCCCUAGCGCUCUCCUAGCCCAGAUGUCAAUCAGCACAGUGUCCCUCUCCUUGUCCCAGCCUCCAGCUCCUGAAUCGCACACAUCAGACUCUGAAUCUGUCCCCAUGAUGAGCCCCGUUUCCCUGAGCAAGCAGAUUUCCAUCUCGGGGUCCUGCUACAGUCCCAUGCCCUUCCCCAGCUCUCCUCCUCCUCCUCCUGUAACCACCACCACCACAUCAGACUCCUACACCUCAGACACAGAGUCAGUGCACAUGAUGAGUCCAGUGUCACCAUGCAGGCAGAUGUCCAUCGACUACCCCGACUUUGAUGUCCCCCCUAGUCCCCCAGUGCCAGGCAAAGGCUCCAAGCUAGGCCAGGACACUUCUACUCCUCCUGCUGUGGCGACCAGUGAGUCGAGUAUACCAGUGGACCGGAGCACGCAGACGUCCUCCUACGUUUCUCAAGUCCCGACGCACUUUCCCCUGCAGGGAGUUUCCCAAACACCGGGAACGGAGACCCACCUGUUCAGCCACCUGCCCCUGCACUCCCAGCAGCCUUCCCGCUCCUCGUACAGCAUGGUCCCGGUUGGAGGGAUCCAGCUGGUGCCCGCCGGCCUCGCGGCUUACUCCACCUUCGUACCAAUCCAGGCGGGCCCCGUCCAGCUCACCAUCCCGGCGGUGAGCGUCAUCCACAGGAACACGAGCCCGUUGCCGGCCCCCAACACCCCGCCCCAGCCGGAGAGCUUGCAGACCCAGCCGCUGGUGGUGCAGGAGCCGGUCAGCAGCGUCGUUCCUUGCUUCCCCCUGGGUCAGGUCGCCGGCCUCCAGGCUCAGACGAUACAGCAAGUGGGUCUGGAGACGCUUAACCUCAUGGGUCUGACUAACACAGGCCUGGCAUCCACGCAGCUGCUUCCCCAGCAAGGCCUCACCUUAAACGCCACCCUCGGGCUGCAGGUUCUAGCUGCCAACCCCACCUCCCAAAACAGCACGGGCCCCCAGACACACGUCCCAGGCCUGCAAAUAGUUAACAUCGCCCUCCCUGCGCUCAUCCCUUCCCUCAGCCCCCUGUCGGCGCUCAGUCCUCUCCCCGGGUCCUCCGAGAGGCAGGGCAGCCCCGAAGCUCCCGGGGGGUUGCAGCCAUCUCAAAAUGAACACGGGCUUGGCUCCGCUCCACCAUGCGCCCCUUUGAAGGUCAGCAGUUCUCCAGAGCUGACGUUGGGCAGCAGCAGCAGCAGCAACAGCAGCAGCAGGCUGAGCCCCGGAGUCAGCGGCGGAGCAGAGCUCGCACAGACCGUGGAGAGAGAAGAGAGAGGUAAAUCCCCACAGCAGCAGCAGCAGCAUCCGUCACCAGCUCCGCAGCGUCAAGCAGAAAGUCCGAAACAGUUGACAGCCGAAGGAGCUAAUGACCCCGCACCUCUAAGACAGCCGCCAGUGACCAGCUGGCACAAGGCAACUGAUGACUAUAAUGAGGCAUCCAGUGACGAUGAAGACAGGCUGGUCAUUGCCACCUGAAAAACCCCCACAUGGAAAGCUCUUGUUCUCUUUUUUGUAAUUCUUGUCACUUUGUAAGACUGAAAACACUUUUCAGGGGUUUGUUUCUUUGCAAAUCACCUUUCAAAGCACAGAUGCUGACAUUCAUAUUGUACGUGCAAUCAUAUGUUAUAAUUAUAAUGACGACCAAUAAUUUUAUUUUUACUCCAGACGGUUUCUUUUUUCUUCUUGUUUUGUACAUGUUGUAUAGACGAUUGUGCCUUUAUGGAGUUUCUUGUUUAGGAACCUGUAUAUAUAUAAUUCCUUAUAAAUUCAGUAGAUGCUUGUGUUUAUUUCAGAAAAAAAAAACGAGUAGAAAGAAGCAUAGCAAUGGAGAAUAUCAGGUUUUUUUUUUUUUUUGGAGGAUUUGUCAUUCGUAAAUUUAUGGACUUAUAAAUGUUGUACUGGUAUAUGUACAUUUCUAUGGAUUAUGGGGCGAUGUUUCUGUGUACAGAUGUUGUGUUCAACUAUUUAUUAUAAUCCAUCUAGUGCCCAUUAUAAUUCAUAAGUCCAUAAGUAUGUGCAUUAUGGUAGCUUUACAUUGCUGUAUCAAUAUUCUUAACUGUAUCAGUAAAAAAUUUGUUUAUAAACCUUUAAAA